GCUUCAUUCCUGAGUUUACUUUUUUUGCUUCAUUUACUUUGUUUCUUUGAUACAAUAUCUGCGACUUGAAUAUAAGAUUGAUUGACUACAAAUGAGGAUACGAAGAUAGUGUUUAACAUCUUAUUUCUUUCUCGCCUUUCAGGAAAUUGCUGGAUUUAGAAGAUUACAAAAGUUGCCGAGGUUCAUUUCAGACCGACAAGAUGGAGGAGGGAAGGAUUGCUAUCAUAAAGGUAUACAUCCACCGUUUUUGUCCUGAUUGUCGCGGUAUGCUGAUGCAAGUAUAGACAGCACUUGAGCAAUUUAUUCUAGAUCCGAAAAAUGCGGAUUUUCUCGCCGUCCUCAAAGCUGCUCGCAGCGGCGCUGUCUACGGUGCUAAAGUCAGGUUUCCUCAUGCAUUGGUGUAGGUUCCCCUUUUCUGCUUCGCCUCUGCCACUUGAGGUGCAUUACUGAUUUGACAUUCUAGUAUGAUGUUUUUAUUUAGAUCUGGUACUGUCCGUGAAAAGAUAGGGCUGAUACUCCGCGCAACUCGAACACAUGCGCAGAAUCUCGCGAAAUAUGCUACAAUAUAUAAGUCUACGAUGCUGGCUUUGAAAUACGCAGGAGGAAAGGAGGGAAAGGAAGGAAGGUGGGAUACCUUUCUGGCAGGGCUGUUAGGCGGAUAUGUGGUAUUCGGGAGGAGGUCGAAGAAAGGUCAUGUUAGUAGUGUUAGUAAACAGAUUGUGAUAUUUGGUAUGUUUCCCCUUACUUUUAAGCCUCCACUAGUCUACAACCAGAGAUAUACUAAUCCAAGGCCAUGCACAGUAUUCGCACGAGUAUGCUUGUCGCUAGCACAACUGGCAGUCCUUCCUUCAACAGGAAUUAUUCGUAACCAAGAGCUUUCGGAUAGAAUAUCGAACGACGCAUGGCCAGUAUUUGCAGCGCUGAGCUGGGGAAGUGUUAUGUGGUUAUUCAGGUGGUAUCCGGAGACAGUGCAGAGUGGGUUGAGAAGUAGUAUGGAUUAUAUUUAUGUGCAGAGCGAUCAUUGGGAUAGUUUAAGGAACUUUAUUGUGCAUAGUAAAUAAGGGAAGUCGGGGAAUAUAAAGGCGUGAAUAUCUACAAACGACGAUUAAUGCCGUUUAGUAAUGGCUAGAGGCUGAGAAGGAUUUACGGAAGCACAUAAGAUAUGGUUUUGGGACGGGUUAUAGAUUGGAGGUCAUAUGCUUUGCAUAUCUCAUGCCUGACAUUCACGGGAGGAAUACCUGGGUGUAGAAUUAGAACAAUUUGCGGGUUAUGGUCCCAAAUA